AUAAUUUGGUAACACUAAGAUUUGCAGAAGAAAAAAAAUUGUCGAUUAAAAAACAGUGGUAAAGCUUAGAUAAUUAUGUCACAGCGAAAUCACAGAGUAGACCGCUUUGCGCAGAUGACAAAGCAGGAGGAGAUCAUUGCCAAGAAGAGGCAAGAGAUACUCGAGAAGCAGAAAACUGCGCAACUGGCAAAAGCGGUGGCCGCUGCCCAGAACUUGGCAGCCCAGUUGAAAACAGAGACGCCAGUGGGUAAACCCGCUUCCACCGAAUCAGAAUCUCUGAACCAAGAUGAGCAGCCACAGAACUCCCCAGCCUUAGAUGCCUCAGUGGAGGAGGGGGCAAAUGCCCCUGAAGCCGUCACCUCUGAAACAUCAGGAAAGGGAAAGCCAGACGAGGCAGUAGCCACAAAGCCAUUGAAUAGUUUCACUGGUAAGACUGGAAAGAUCACAUUUGGCCUUAAGCGGCAACAGUUGCCUCAGCCCAGUGUGGAACAGCCGCCUCCAAAAGUAAAGAAUACUUUUUGUAACGAUGGUUCCUUUUUGGAAAACUUUAAGAAGAUCCUAGAAAAGCAUGAAAAGCCUCAGCCUCCCGUUAUCGUAGCUCCAGUACCAGUCCCUAGCACUGAGGAAAGCACGUCUGCAGUGCCUGAGACACAAACGACAGAGGAGCAACCACCCCCACAAUUGGAAGCUAUGGUCGCGAUUAGCUCAGCAGCUGGCAUGGUCACUCCCAUUACAGUGACCAGCUCAGCUCCCACACAUUUGACGUUUGGAUUGCCCGUGCAAACGGUCCAACCGCCGCCACCGCCUCCGUUCGCUUUCAACCCCGCUCUAUUAUCGCAGGGACCACCGCAAAUGCAGCUUCCGACCUUUUUCCAUGGCCAUCUGCCCAUGCAAUUGCAUCCAGCGCCUCCACCACCUCCACCGCCACCACAACUUCCACUUGCGUUGGCCAACAUGGGACCAAUCUACAUGCAACUAGCCACAACACCAGUAGAGGCGUUGCAGCUGAAUGCGAUUCCAGCGCCCAAAGAGUUCGACUUAAAUGCUAUACCAAAGCCGCAGAUUAACCUGGAGGCUAUUCAGAUGCCUACUAUAACCGGUCACUCGGCGGAGCAGCUAGGUCUGCUGACAGAUCAUGUAAGCUCGCAUCCACCACCGCCGCCACCACCUAUGCAGGAGGAAGUGGACGUGACACAACAACAACCACCACCGGUGAUGACGCAGCAGCCGCCUCAGCCUCAGAACCAACUUGCCUCAGCAGCCGCCCCGCCUCAAGGUUUCUUUAUGAUAAGAACUGCGAGCAGUAUCGAAGCUAUCGCUCUCAACUCCUUGACUACGAGCGGCAGCGGAUUGAGCGCCAGCGACAGAGGGACCAUCAGCAGCUAAAACGGGAUCAAGAGGAGCCGCCAAAGGAUCAGGGACACCAUCAACCAGCGUACCAUGAGGAGCAGAACAGCAACUCGGCGGCGGACAAAUAUG